AGCAGGCUCGCUGGGCUUGGAGAACUUCAGCAUUUGGGGGAACAAGAACCUUUGGGUGAUAGGGAUGUCCAAGAGUCCUCGGGGUUUCUGGCAGCAGGAGCUCUGGGCACCCAAAGGAGCUCAGGACUCUCGCUGGGAGGAUAGGACACGAACUACCCAAGGAAUGAGCUGCCCUGUCCAGGCCAUGGACCCUGAGGUGUCCCUGCUGCUUCAGUGUCCUCCUGGGGGCCUGCCCCAAGAGCAUGUAGUGGUGGAGCUGAGCCCAGCCCAUGACCGACGCCCACUACCAGGAGGGGACAAGACUAUCACUGCCAUCUGGGAGGCCCGGCUACAGGCCCAACCCUGGCUCUUCAAUGCCCCUAAGUUCCGCCUGCAUUCGGCUACACUGGCGCCUACUGACUCUCCUGGUCCACAGCUGCUCCUUCGCCUGGGCCUUACUUCCUACCAAGAUUUUCUGGGCACCAAUUGGGCCAGCUCAGCCUCCUGGCUGCAACAGCAGGGAGCCAUGCAUUGGGGUGACAAGCAAGCAUAUCUGGCAGACCCACUGGGGGUGGGUGCUGCACUAAUCACAACUGAUGACUUCCUUGUCUUCCUGCGGCGCUCCUGGCAGGUGGCCGAGGCCCCUGGGAUGGUGGAUGUGCCUGGUGGGCACCCUGAGCCUCAGGCCCUGUGUCCUGGCAAUAGCCCCCAGCACAAGGACCUCCCUGGGGAACUGGUGGUACGUGAGCUUUUCUCCAGUGUCCUGCAGGAGAUCUGUGAUGAGGUGAAUCUGCCGCUGCUCACCCUGAGCCAACCCCUGCUGUUGGGCAUCGCCCGAAACGAGACCAGCGCCGGCCGUGCCAGUGCCGAGUUCUAUGUCCAGUGCAGCCUGACUUCUGAGGAGGUGAGGAACUACUACCUGAGUGGGGGACCUGAAGCCCACGAGUCUACAGGAAUCAUCUUUGUGGAGACACAGAGAGUGCAGAGGUUGCAGGAGACGGAGAUGUGGGCUGAACUCUGCCCCUCGGCCAAAGGCGCCAUCCUUCUCUACAACCGAGUCCAGGGAAGCCCCACCUGAGUCAUUGUAGGGGCCCAGCCCUAUCAUCACAGCUCUGAAGACAAUAAAGAACUUUAUUCUUGGA